AUGUCAACGUCGCUCUCCACGAGACAAGGGCUCCUAACGAGGACAACCGGACGUCUAACGACAGUUCUCGCCGACGUCGCCAAUGAAGUUCGCAUCCAGCUUCCAGCCGACGAAGAGCUCAGGAAGACGUAUGUCCAAGACAAGAAGCUGCGACUCAUGAAGUUGAAGAAGAGAAUCCAUGCAGCCAGCGACAAUGUCGACAAUGCGUUACGAGCCUACACGGAAGCAGCGGAUGCCCUCGACAGCAAUACGCCUCAACUGCCUGCAGUUCUGGUAGAUAUAGCCAUGGAGCAAAUCUUAAUGACAGUCGGUGCGUCGGUAAGAAAAGAAACAGCUCCAGUUCAACUCGCUCCCAUACCUAUUCCCAAGUUCAGCGGAAAAAUUUGGGAAUGGGAAAGUUUUUGGAAUGCCUUCGAUUUCUCGGUCCACUCCAGGAACCUAGGAGACAUCCACAAGAUGAACUAUCUGAUGGAAGCACUUCAAGGCGAGGCAUGA